GGGGCGUGGUCCCGUUGUGGAGGUCGGGCGACAGGGAACAUGGCCGUUUAGAUUUUUUCUGAUAUCUACUGGAGGAAGACGCAGACUUUUAUUUUCUGUUUCCUUUGUUACUGCCGUUUGUUAUUUCCUGUUCGGGCUCCAACAUGGAGAUGAAGAAGAGGAUCAGCCUGGAGCUGAGGAACAGGAACCCAGCGGACGUGGUGGAGCUGGUGGUGGAUAACUGUCGCUCCAGUGACGGGGAGGUGGAGGGUCUGUCGGAGGAGUAUGUGGCGCUGGAGGUCCUCAGCAUGGUGAACAUCGGCCUCUCGUCACUCGCCAAGCUGCCCUCUCUGCCCAAGCUACGCAAGCUGGAAGUGAGUGACAACACCAUCACAGGAAAUCUGGAGGCGCUGGCAGAGACGUGUCCCAACCUGGCGUACCUGAACCUGAGCGGCAACAAGAUCAAAGAGCUGAGCAGCAUCGAGCCGCUGAAGAGCUUGAAGAACCUGAAGAGUCUGUACCUCUACAGCUGUGAGGUUUCCACGCUGGACGACUACACGGACGCCGUCUUCGAGCUGCUUCCUCAGCUCACCUUCCUGGAUGGGUACGACCACGAGGACAACGAGGCGCCGGACUCAGAGGCUGACACCGAUGACGAUGAUGUCGCUGGUCCACAUGGAGUCGAUGAUGAUGAUGAUGAUGAUGAAGAUGAUGAAGAUGCUGACAGCUCUGAGGGAGAGGAGGAGGUCGGCCUGUCGUACCUGAUGAAGGAGGGAAUCCAGGAUGAGGAAGAUGAUGGAGACUACGUAGAAGAGGAGGAAGAGGAGGAGGAGGAGGAGGAGGAAGAAGGAGGAGAUGUGGAUGGUGCAGAUGUUCAGGGGGAGAAGAGGAAGAGAGAUGCAGAGGAUGAUGGUGACGAUGACGACGAUGAAUAGUUUUAACCCCCUCACUCUAGUGACCUCUGACCCCACAGACGGACAGGAAACGGAGCGCGUGAUCAGAUCACAGAUCAAUACUGAUAUUCUGCCUCAGGAAACGGGACACGUGCUUCUACAGGAGUACUCAGAGUACUACCCAUGUUCUACUUCCUGUCUCUUUAACAUUAAGCAAACAUUAAUCUGCAUUUUGUUGUUAAUAAUCAUCACAGACCAGAAACCCAGAGGCUCACUUGUACUGGUCCGUUAAAACAGCAACUACAUUACCCAUGAGCCUCGGCGCUCUGCUCCAUGUGGCAGCAGUGCACUCUGGGAAGAUAUUUAAAACAUCCCAACCGGUUGGUCUGCGGGUCUCUGAUUCUCCCAGUCUCUGUCGCUCUGUGGGUCCUGGUCUCUGUCCCCCUCUGGGUCCUGGUCUCUGUCCCCCUCUGGGUCCUGGUCUCUGUCGCUCUGUGGGUCCCGGUCUCUGUCCCCCUCUGGGUCCUGGUCUCUGUCCCCCUCUGGGUCUUGGUCUCUGUCCCCCUGUGGGUCCUGGUCUCUGUCCCCCUGUGGGUCCUGGUCUUUGUACAUAGUGGUUUCUGUAGGUGUGAAAGUUGAAUUGGUUUAUUUUAUAUUUUUACUUCUUCUUGUGUCGCUGUUUUGAGUUUUUUUCAAUAAAAACAUGAAAUAUCAA